GCCUGGCACCUUGCGUGCGCCCCGCCCCCUCACAUGUCAGCCUGGGCACAGUAGAACUCCAUCCUCCUCCUCCUCCUCCUCUUCCUCACUGCAGCGCGUUCUUCUCCACACUCUCGGAAUAACUAACAUCAGACUCAAGGAUCCUCAGAGAACAUCUGCAUCAUGUCCUCAGUUCUGCAGAAGCUCAUCAGCCCCCUGGCCAGUGGCCCCGCUGAGCCGCCCAGGAACAAGGUGACGGUGGUCGGGGUGGGCCAGGUGGGCAUGGCCUGCGCCGUCAGCAUCCUGCUGCGGGACCUGUGUGACGAGCUGGCCCUGGUGGAUGUGAUGGAGGAUCGUCUGAAAGGAGAGCUGAUGGACCUGCAGCACGGCAGCCUCUUCCUCAAGACCUCCAAGAUAGUCGCUGACAAAGACUAUUCUGUAACAGCCAACUCCCGCCUGGUUGUGGUGACGGCCGGCGUUCGCCAGCAGGAGGGAGAGAGCCGCCUCAACCUGGUGCAGAGGAACGUCAACGUCUUCAAGUCCAUCAUCCCCCAGAUCGUCAAGUACAGCCCCAACUGCACACUCAUCGUGGUGUCCAACCCUGUUGAUGUGCUCACAUAUGUCACCUGGAAGCUGAGCGGUCUACCCAAGCACCGUGUCAUCGGCAGCGGCACCAACCUGGACUCCGCCCGCUUUCGUUACCUGAUGGCCGAACGCCUCGGCAUUCACUCCAGCUCCUUCAACGGCUGGGUGCUGGGCGAGCACGGGGACACGAGCGUUCCCGUGUGGAGCGGAGCAAACGUAGCUGGAGUCAACCUGCAGAAGCUGAAUCCGGACAUCGGCACAGAUUCUGAUAAAGAGCAGUGGAAGGCCACACACAAAGCGGUGGUGGACAGUGCCUAUGAGGUGAUCAGGCUGAAGGGCUACACCAACUGGGCCAUCGGCCUGAGCGUGGCUGACCUGACGGAGAGCAUCAUCAAGAACAUGAGCCGGGUGCACCCCGUCUCCACCAUGGUCAAGGACAUGUACGGUAUCGACGACGAGGUCUUCCUGUCUCUGCCCUGCGUGCUGAACAGCAACGGCGUCAGCAGCGUCGUCAACAUGACCCUGACGGACGGCGAGGUGGGCCAGCUGAGGAAGAGCGCCGACACACUGUGGGGCAUCCAGAAGGACCUGAAGGACGUUUGAGCCUACCUGCACACACACUCACAGUGGAGCUGAGGCCAGCUGACACGCACACACUCCUUCAUAACGUCCCUCUCUCUUAGACUGUGUUGCUCUCUUUAAAGGAUGAUAUCAGUGUUUUUAAGCCCCAAAAACACUAUAAUAAGCACAUUUGCUCCCCAAACAGCUCGUAGUUGGUGUUUGUGUGUUGGUGUUAGGAGAUGUAAGCCGACCUCUGUUGUUGUACUCUGAAUGGCUAUCUUGUGUUUCAGCUGUUUUAGACAAGGAUCAAGCACAAUCCCCCACAAGUGUCACAGUCGUCCUCCACCGCUUAGUGGUUCAGAGAAAGACCCUUCACAUCCGAAAGCACACAGCUUCCCUGCUGCCUUCACCUGAAACUGGUAAAGUGGUAGAGCAGACAAGCGACUGCACACUUGAAGGUUUAUCUCUCCCUCUUGUUUUAAAGAAACUGAGCUGCGGAGGAGGUGUGGUGAUGUCCGGCUCAUGUUGGGUUUUUUUUCUGACUGUCUGACCUUGUUUGUUGGAAACCACAACGUGUAACUUAAUAAACUGAACAUCAUCAAGAGUG